AUGCCUAGCAGCCAGAGCCGGAGCCGGGCCAGGGACCGCAGCGAUGUCCUGAACCGGCCCGAGUUCCUGUCCCUGAACCAGCCGAGGGGGGGCAACGGGCCGAGGAGACCCGUCAGACAGCCGAGUCAGCAGGAGGACCGAGGGUCUCGGGACUCCUCUGAGGGUGCAGCAGGAGGUGAUGGGGGUGUGAAGGAGUACCCGGAGCAGGACUGCAUGCAGCUGAACCCGUCUCUGCGCGGCAUCGCUCGGAGCGCGCUGCUCGCGAUCGACAUCAGCCUCUCGAAGCGGCUCGGCGUGUGCGCGGGUCCGCGAGCCUCCGGAGCCACGCUGCGCUCCAUGGUCUCUCUGCUCGCGCUCAGCGGACACGCGCUGCCCUGGAUCUGUGGCACGCUCAUCUGUCUCUGGAGGAGCAACACCAUGGCGGGACAGGAAGUACUGGUCAACCUGCUGCUGG